AUAAGUUUUUGAAAGCUUAGAGAGCACCACACCCAAUUUUCCUAAGCAAACAAGAACACACCAUAUAUAUUAUCUGAAUUGCUCUCUCUUUCUCUCUCUCUCUCUCCACCAGCAGCUAUGGAAAUUGAAGCAUCAAAUGGUCACAAUAACAAAACUAAUGUAGAAAAAUCAGAGAGGGAGAGGCAAAUUGAUGAGUGGCUUCCAAUUACAUCUCAAAGGAAUGCGAAAUGGUGGUACUCAGCUUUUCACAAUGUCACUGCCAUGGUUGGAGCUGGUGUUCUUAGUCUUCCCUAUGCAAUGUCACAGCUUGGAUGGGGUCCUGGGGUUGCAGUAAUGAUCCUAUCAUGGAUCAUCACCCUAUACACGCUAUGGCAAAUGGUUGAGAUGCACGAAAUGGUUCCGGGGAAACGAUUCGACAGAUAUCAUGAACUGGGUCAGCAUGCAUUUGGUGAAAAGCUAGGGUUAUAUAUUGUGGUGCCUCAACAACUUGUGGUUGAAGUUGCAACGAACAUUGUGUACAUGGUAACAGGAGGAACAUCAUUGAAGAAGUUCCAUGAUACUGUGUGUCCAAGCUGCAAGAAAAUCAAAUUGACAUUUUUCAUUAUGAUAUUUGCCUCUGUUCACUUUGUACUCUCUCAUCUCCCAAACUUCAAUUCCCUUUCUGGUGUUUCCUUGGCAGCCGCUGUCAUGUCCCUAAGUUACUCUACAAUUGCUUGGGCGGCUUCUGUGGACAAGGGAGUUCAAGAAAACGUGCAAUACGGUUACAAAUCCGGUAGCGCAGCAGGAACAGUAUUUAAUUUCUUCAAUGCCCUUGGAUCUGUGGCAUUUGCCUAUGCAGGACACAACGUGGUGCUUGAAAUCCAAGCAACAAUUCCGUCGACGGCAGAGAAGCCAUCGAAGAUUGCAAUGUGGAGAGGAGUGGUUGUGGCCUACAUAGUGGUGGCGCUCUGCUACUUCCCUGUUUCUUUCAUUGGUUAUUGGAUGUUUGGGAAUUCAGUUGACUCUGAUAUCCUGGUCUCGUUGGAGAAACCAGCUUGGCUUAUUGCAAUGGCGAACAUGUUUGUUGUUAUUCAUGUGAUUGGAAGCUAUCAGGUUUAUGCUAUGCCGGUGUUUGACAUGAUUGAAACUUUGCUCGUCAAAAUACUCAAGUUCAAACCAACCACAACGCUUCGUUUUGUUGUACGUAAUAUAUAUGUUGCAUUCACAAUGUUCAUUGCAGUUACCUUUCCAUUUUUUGAUGGACUCCUUGGAUUUUUUGGAGGGUUUGCUUUCGCUCCAACAACAUACUAUCUACCUUGCAUCAUGUGGCUUGUAAUCUACAAACCAAAGAAAUAUAGUUUGUCUUGGUGGACUAACUGGAUCUGCAUUGUGCUUGGCGUAUUGUUAAUGAUUGUAUCACCAAUUGGAGGAUUAAGAACAAUCAUAAUCAAAGCUAAGACCUACAAAUUUUACUCUUGAACUCCUUUAUUACAAUCGUCAAUUAGUGUAUAGUUUGAAGUUGAUAGUUAUGAAGUCAACUCAAGACACGAUUCAAUGACACAAAGAUAUCGCUUUUGAUCAUCAAUAUUGGAAUGUAUUAAUUGUUCUUAUAAAAUUCUUAGAUGGGAAAGGAAAUUGUUCCUAUGAAAUGUUCACUUUAGAGAGGAAUGUAAGAUAUUAAAAUAUUUAGUCUAAGGUUAUAUGUAAACAAUAUAUUUACUUUUGAAAAUGAUUUUUUACAUGAA